AUGACUGUGUUUUUAUGGGCAUCUGUUCUUUUAGUCCAUUCCUUAUGCAUAGCAGACAUUACUGGGCCUAUAAGUGACGAUUUUCAGCAAUGGCUAAACACGAAUGGAUAUCAGAACGAUGAUUUUGUUAGAGCUGAUUACGGUACUCAAGGUAGUUACGGUGGAAAGGCCUCAGUUGCUGACACGGUAAAAAAUGUUCCCGUAAUUUUCAUCCAUGGCAAUUCUGAUGCCGCUUUACACCUUUCAAAAACUGCUACGGGAUGGACGAACUCCAUACAGUAUUUCCUGGAUCAAGGCUAUACCCAAGCCGAACUUUACGCCACAUCGUGGGGUGAUACAAAUACUAACAAUGCAGCAAAAAGGACCCACGAUUGUUAUGAUCUCACGCGCCUGAGACGAUUCAUUCAAGCAGUCCUCGCCUACACCGGAGCUCCAAAGGUGUCGCUUAUUACUCAUAGCAUGGGUGUAACACUGGGUCGAAAAGCCAUAAAAGGAGGUGCCGUGGUAGACAACAGCGUUGUUUGUAACCUUGGAACUCCACUCACAUCGAAAGUAGACGUCUUUUUGGGUUUGGCUGGCGCAAACUACGGAUUGUGCAACUGCGAAGGUACAGGAGUCCUAGAACCUACUUGCAACAAACAGAAUGGUUUUUGGCCUGGCGACAGCUGCGAUCUGAACUCUUUGGACUGCGGGCUCAAGCCUUUGCCUUUCCCAUGUAAUGGACCAACCUACUCAAACCUCCUCAUGGGUAUGAACACGGACAAUAUCAGAGAAGCUUCCCUGGUGUAUUCAGCUUGGAGCGAAGUCGAUGAUCUCAUACUCUACGGAGAUCAAGUUUGGGGAAGACCAACAUCAUUGAUUCCAACGUCAGUUGGCAAGGUUGUCUACAAGCACUACACUCACAUGCAGACUAAAGAAAAUACCGCCGCUGACCAAUACACCAUGGUUGUAAAGAAAACACUCCCAUCUUCUGAUGCCAUUAUCAAAAAGUCCAUUUACUUUACUUUAUAA